AGUGGUGGUUGGCGGUGGUGUUGUGAGACUUCUGCGAAAGAACGGUCUGCUGCUGAGGUCCUUUCGCGAGCCCGACCGCGUCUUUCCUGCUUCAGUAAUGGCUCAUGAAGCAAUGGAAUAUGAUCUUCAGGUGCAGUUAGAUCAUCAUGCUGCAGAACAGCCUGCUCUUGCUGAAGUGGUCAGCAGCCAAGGGGGACCACCCCUGCUCCAGCCUGCUCCUGUUGCAGUGGUCAGCAGCCAAGGGGGACCACCCCUGCUCCAGCCUGCUCCUGUUGCAGUGGUCAGCAGCCAAGGGGGACCACCCCUGCUCCAGCCUGCUCCACAGGUGUCCAUUGACCUGACAGAGGAAGUGGAGCCCUUGGGAGAAGAGAGUGUGGAGAACAUCGAUCCAGGAGCUUCAGAGGAACAUAGGCAGGGAUCUGGUGCUAACCACACCCUCGGAGUAUCUUCAUUGGAUUCAGUGAGCAGCUUCAUCAGUGGGCUGCAGAGGCUUCAUGGCAUGAUGGAAUUCCUAAGACCAUCUUCAGACCGCAGUGUGGGGCCAGUGAGAGCGAGGAGGAGGAGGUCUGCCUCACACAGGGCAAGAGCCGGAGGGUCUCAGAGGACAGACAGUGCCAGGUCAAGAGCACCAUUGGAUGCUUACUUUCAAGUGAGCAGGACCCAGCCUCAUUUGCCAACUGCCUCUUAUGAUUCAGAGACUAGGAAUCCUGUCUCUGAAGACUUGCAGGUAUCAAGUAGUUCCGAUUCUGACAGUGACAACUCCACAGAGAAUGAAGAGGUGGUUGUCCUGGCAGAGGAACCUGGAGCUGCCGUUUUAGAAGAGCAAGUAGGAGGUGUCUCAGCAGAGCAAGAUGUUACAUGUAUCCGUGGAGAAGACACCCUCCCCAAGCAGCAGUCUCCCCAGAAGUCCAACCCCCUUGUACCUUGUGCUUCUAUGGAUGAGGAAGAAGGGGACACUUGCACAAUAUGUUUGGAACAGUGGACCAAUGUUGGGGAUCACCGGCUCUCAGCAUUACGCUGUGGACACCUCUUUGGGUACGGGUGCAUUUCUAAGUGGCUUAAAGGGCAGGCACGAAAAUGUCCCCAGUGCAACAAGAAAGCCAAGCACAGUGACAUCGUUGUCCUUUAUGCCCGAACCGUGAGAGCUUUGGACACAAGUGAACAUGAGCGCAUGAAAAGUUCCCUAGUAAAGGAGCAGAUGCUAAGGAAGCAGGCCGAGUUAGAAUCAGCACAGUGCCGGCUCCAACUUCAAGUCCUCACUGAUGAGUGCACUAGGCUUCAUAGUCGUGUCCAGGACUUGCAAAAACUUAUUGUACAGCAUCAGGAUCAGAUUUCACAGCAACCCAGGGGCUCCCAAGCACGUUUACUAAACUGUGUGCCCUCCAGCCAGGGCCAGCGCAAGUACCAUUUCCAGAAGACCUUCACAGUGUCUCAGACAGGAAACUGCCGAAUCAUGACAUACUGUGAUGCUCUGGGCUGCCUGGUGGUGUCACAACCUUCUCCUCAGGCCUCCCUCCUUCCAGGCUUUGGUGUUAAGAUGUUGAGUACUGCCAACAUGAAAAGCAGUCAGUACAUUCCCAUGCAUGGCAAACAGAUCCGCGGACUGUCUUUCAGCAGUAGGUCUAAAGGCUUACUGCUCUCUGCUUCUCUGGACAGCACUAUUAAACUGACCAGCCUGGAGACAAAUACCGUGGUCCAGACUUAUAAUGCUGGCCGUCCUGUCUGGAGCUGCUGCUGGUGUCUUGAUGAAAACAAUUACAUGUAUGCUGGACUGGUCAAUGGUUCGAUACUGGUGUACGACCUUCGAAACACGAGCAGUCAUAUCCAGGAGUUAGUACCUCAGAAAGCCAGAUGCCCAGUGGUAUCCCUGUCAUACCUACCCCGAGCUGCCUCAUCUACAUUUCCAUAUGGUGGAGUGUUGGCUGGAACCUUGGAGAACGCUUCCUUCUGGGAGCUGAAAAUGGGCUUUUCUCAUUGGCCUCAUGUGCUGCCCGUGGAGCCAGGGGGCUGCAUAGACUUUCAGACAGAGAGCAGCACCCGGCACUGUCUUGUGACCUACAGGCCUGAUAAAAAUCACAAUACCUUACGAAGUGUGCUGAUGGAGAUGUCCUACAAGCUGGAUGAUGCUGGAGAGCCAGUCUGUUCCUGCCAUCCUGUACAAACAUUCCUUGGGGGACCCGCUUGCAAACUACUGACCAAAAGUGCCGUUUUCCAAAACCCAGAGAAUGAUGGCAGCAUCCUGGUGUGUACUGGGGAUGAAGCAUCAAAUUCUGCCCUGCUGUGGGAUGCUGGCAGUGGCUCUCUGCUACAGGAUCUGCAGACCCAUCAGCCUGUCUUGGACAUCUGCCCAUUUGAGGUGAACCAUAACAGCUACUUGGCUACCUUAACAGAGAAGAUGGUCCACGUCUAUAGGUGGGAGUGACCGUGGUCUUGAAACUUACCAGGCAUGCUGCUGGUUAACAUUAAAUGUUGUUUGCUAGCACCUUGCAGCCCUGAGCAAGAUCUCUGCUAUUGUCUAUGGCCUAGAACUUUUGGGAUCAUGGUUCCUUUGGAUUGGUAUGAUUCUAGGACUCCAAGUCGCUGAAACACUACAGUUUGUGUAUUUGCUGUGUCCACCAAAAGAGUAAGUGACUGGGAUCCAUCUACAUUAUCCAUUUCUUGGGUUAAAAGCUUUCGUGAAUCUUUGUUGAGAAUCUGUAUUUUCAAUCAGACUUUCUGCUGGACCUCACAGUAUCCUCCCCCAGCGUUCAUUUAGAGUAUAAGUGUUCACCAAGCUUUUUCUGGAGGAUAUGACACCGUGCCUGAGUGGUCUUGUCACUUGAGCUCUAUGACUUGAGAAGGCUUGUGUCCCUGAAGGAACUGAACUAACCAUCUUCUUGAUGCUGCAUGGAUGCAGAAGAGUCUUUUAUUGAACACAAGAGGGCACCAUAGAACUUUGUGAGAGAUUUGAUCUAUUUCUGAUCUUGUGGGCUGACCUUUUAGUAAGUUGGUCUCAUCCCCACAGAAGUGUGUGGUAGGGCACAUCUGGUCUGCUUUGUGGCUGCAACAGUUAUGUUCCAUGUGUGCAGUGCUGUGAUAUCGGCGAGCCCAGUGAUGGAGGCAGCUGAUGAGACGUAGACCUUUUGCUAAUGCUGAGUGCAUGAAGUUCAUCACAAUGUGGGAGCCAAGGAAAGAGACCUUUUGUUUGAGCAGUGGGGGAUUUUUUUCUAGCCAGCUUAGGAUCUCAGGAUUGGUUUUAUAUAAGCCAAGCUUUGAAGACCACUCCUUUUCCCUCUCACUAAGAAAAGAUAAGCAAUAUGUAAAGCUCUUGCUUAAGUCUCUCCUAGUAUCAGAGACAGGAGCAAGGGGCUAACUGAGAGAGGCUUACAAAAGAGAAGCUGCUCAGAUUGCUGCUAAAAACAGAGGAAGGGCUUAUCUCUUCCAUCCUGAAAGAGUUCCUAUCUGAAUAAAGCCAGCCCCUUGGAGUGAGGGCUGUUCCUGAGCAUGUUUAGAAUUCCCAGGUAAAGCCUUCUCCGUGUGAAACUGAUGUUUGAGUCCAAGUUCCUCUGAUUUGCCUCCCUUCCUAACCUUUUCUAAAAGUGUUGUUAGUAAAAUAUUCAUUCUCAGGAAGACAAUAGUGGUUGGAGACCUAUGUGGAUUACAGGGAGAUGCCCACCAGCUUUCAUUCCAUCCCUGGAUUGUCCAUCAUUGGGAGCCACACUUUUUCCAGUAGAGGAUUUAGUUUAUAGCUCUUUGCUUUGCCUAAGGCUACUCUGCUAAACCAGGGUCCACAGUAGAACAUGCCUCAAGGUGUGGGCGGUCAGUGCCCUGUUCUUGGGAGCGGGAUGGCUAACAGUGUAAUUUUCUUAAAUAACUGUUGUAGAAAUAGUAUCAUUUUUAUUUUAAAACACUUCUGACCUGUCAACUCCUGAGCUGUUUCCAACAUUUCUCACCAGCAAAGGAUUAUUGCAGUUGAUUUCCCCAGAGUUGCAAGUUCUAGUUGUGCCUUUUAAAGAGUGGUUUCCUUCUAUUUAAGGUCAUCUUUUAUAAAGCCAGUUUCUGGGGCCUGGGAAAGAGCCCCCUUUUUUCACAGGAGAUAUAUUCCUUUUGAUAUGUUGAUGAUUAAGAAUGACUGCCCAGGCCUAGAGCUUCAGUGGCAGAAAGGGAUUUGAGUUAAAAAGCAGAACUCAUCUAGUUUCAGCAGAUUGUCCCAGAGAGGAUGCAGAUGGUCAGGCCCUGGCUGCCUUUGUCUUUGGCAGGGGCAGAACCCAGGUAGUGUUAGGAUUUGACUAGCGUUAAAGUACACUCAGCUGACGCUGAUUGAUUCCCCAAAGUGUAGGAACCACAGGAAGCUAGGUGAACCUCAUGUCUUUCCAAGCCUUGCAUUCUUCCAGUAAAUUUGAAUGUUUUAGAAACAAAUUCAUCUGACUGGCUAAUUUCUCCAAAGGAAAAAACUUCACCCCUAGUCCCCCCAACACCCACCCCCUUCAACCUGGCAGGAGAUUAGAUCUGUAGACCCAGGCUCUGCCCCACCAUGUUCACUCACCCCUGUCUGUAAAGUAGUUUUCCCAUUUAAGGGUUUGGAGUUAAGCAGACUCAAAAUAUCCUGUCGUUGUAUAUAUCCUUGUAUUUGCUUUGAAAACAGGGCAAUGGGAUCUCUGUUCGUGUUCUGUGUUUUAAUGUUUGUGUUUUAUGUUUUUAUGUUAAUUUGAAAAUAAAGUAUUUGCCAUGUG